AUCAUUAUUCGGGAAAACGUCCUACAGUAAACUACACAGUUUCACAGAACACAUUUCUAAAAGUUUUUACAAUUCCGUAGAAUACUUUUUACUCUAUUUCCACAUUGAAACGGGGUCAAUACAAGUAAUUCGGAAUUUUAAAAGCAUCUAUAGCAGUUCAACGAUUAUAAUUUCGGUGCUAGACUUUGCACCAAAAACCCUAUUCUUUCCCGUCGAUAUACAAACGUCAGCUCUACAAGGACAGACUUUCCUGAACAACAUCGAACCGAAAUGUCGAGAUUCAUCCGGGCCCGUAACGUGACCGUCACCAAAAACUCGUCGGUCCAGUGGACACGUCAGGACAUUUUGGAGUGGUGCAACGACACGCUCCAAUGCAGGAUCAGCAAGGUCGAGCACCUGUGCACCGGGGCUGCCUACUGCCACAUGAUGGACAUGCUCUUUCCCGGACUGGUCAAUCUGAACCGCGUCAAGUUCCUCUCGAAUCAGGAAUAUGAAUACAUUGCCAACUUCAAGGAACUCCAGAUUUGCUUUAAUCGGGCCAAGGUAUUGACCCCCAUCCCGGUGGACCAACUGAUCAAGGGUCGCUUCACGGAUAACUUUGAAUUUGCAGUCUGGUUCCGUCACUUCUUCACGGCCAACUACAAUGAGGCCGACUGCUCCGAGUACGAUCCAUUAGCUGCCCGUGGCCAACAGGAUAUAGGUGUGGGUGCCUCGCGAUCCAACACUCCACAAAGUGCCAGACCCUUCGCUCAUCUACGCCAACGGAAGCCUUUGGUGGCCACUCGCACGAUCGCAAGGGAGGUAAAUGCAACUCCUCGAGAGAAUGUCGAGGAUGGUUUGAUGUCUGCACGAAGGCCGCUUGUCGAGGAUCGUCUGGAAACUCCCCGAAAUCCUUCUAUCCAGCAUUGUUUGGAAACUCCUCGAAGGCCCGCAGUCGAGGGUCGUUUGGAAACUCAACGAAAGCCGGUACUCGGAAGACAGCAGAAGGGGAAGAAAGAACCCAUUUCGCCAAAGCUGGGCAGGACUCAGCCUCGGGUCCAUGAGGAUAAGGCUUCUCUUUUCUUUCAGAACAAUGCCAUGGAACUGGAGGAUGAUCUUUCUCCCAUGGAUAUUGUAUAUUCCUCAGACGAUGAAGCAAUCGAAGUGCAGCAAAAGGUCGAGACAGGUCAAAAAAAGCCAUUACUCAGGGGCAACCGUAAACUGAACACUGUUGGAAUAAUGCAGGCUGCCGUGAAGAAACAAAAAGAAGUUAUGGAGCCAGUGGAGAUUGAGGAGCCAUCGGAGCUUAUGGAGCCAGUGGUUAACAAAAAGCCUGCGGCUAACAAGAAGCCUGUGGUUAAUAAGAAGCCGGUGGCUAACAAGAAGCCUGUGGUUAAUAAGAAGCCGGUGGCUAACCAAAAGCCGGUGGCUAACCAGAAGCCGGUGGCUAACCAGAAGGCAGUCGUUGAACAGAAGCCAGUGGUUAACCGGAAGCCCGUCCCUAACCAAAUGCCAGCGGGUAAGCAGAAGCCUCGGGAGAAGAAACAGCCAGUGGUGAUCGAAGAACCAGAGGAGAUCGAAGAAUGGGACGAGUUCGAAGAACCGGAGGAACCAGAGAUCGAAGAACCAUUGAAGAUCGCCAAAACCUUGGUUAAACAAAAGGCCUGGCAGAAAAAGAAACCACACGUGAACAAAAAACAAGUGGAGAUCGAAGAACCUUUGGAGAUCAAAGUGGUUAAUCAAAAACCAUUGGUUAGUCAAAGACCAGUAGCUAAACAGAAGAAACAGCCAGUGGUGAUCGAAGAACCAGAGGAGAUCGAAGAAUCGGACGAGUUCGAAGAACCGGAGGAACCAGAGAUCGAAGAACCAUUGAAGAUCGCCAAACCCUUGGUUAAACAAAAGGCCUGGCAGAAAAAGAAACCACACGUGAACAAAAAACAAGUGGAGAUCGAAGAACCUUUGGAGAUCAAAGUGGUUAAUCAAAAACCAUUGGUUAGUCAAAGACCAGUAGCUAAACAGAAGAAACAGCCAGUGGUGAUCGAAGAACCAGAGGAGAUCGAAGAAUCGGACGAGUUCGAAGAACCGGAGGAACCAGAGAUCGAAGAACCAUUGAAGAUCGCCAAACCCUUGGUUAAACAAAAGGCCUGGCAGAAAAAGAAACCACACGUGAACAAAAAACAAGUGGAGAUCGAAGAACCUUUGGAGAUCAAAGUGGUUAAUCAAAAACCAUUGGUUAGUCAAAGACCAGUAGCUAAACAGAAGCCAAUGCAGAAGAAGACAUUGGAGAACAAAAAGCCAGUGGGGAUCAAAGAACUAUUGGAGAUCAAACAACUGCUGGAGAUCAAACAACAGCUGGCUGAGCAAAAGCCAUUGCAGAAGGAGAAACCAUAUGAUACCGAAGAACCAUCUGAUAUCCAAGACCCAUCGGAUAUCGAGGGACCAUCUGAUGUCGAAGGAAAUUCUGAUGUCGAAGGACCAGGGGGAUUUGAGAGCGUAAAGGACCGAGUCAAGCUGUUUGAAGAAGGCCAGCAAACGGCAUUGGAGUCGCCCAGAACAAAGUUCAUUAGGGAGAGAAUCCAAAAGCUGCAGCUGGACAAUGACGGGUUGAGUGCUAAACUGGGUAAUAUAGCUAAACUUUCCCAUAUGUCCAUAGAUGACAAUGUCGUAGAUACAUACGAUAACAAUAACAACGAUAACAAGACGAUCUGGAAGCCCUUGAAAAUCGAGGGGGAUGAGGAACUCAUUGACAAUACUCAGUCCAAAGAUAACGAUAACAAUAACAACGAUAACAAUAACAAGGACAAUAUUUCUAACAUGGAUAAACAGAUAGACAUAGACAGUACCCAGUGUAUGGAUAACAACGAUAUUACCAAUAAUUAUAAGGGCAUUGAUACCACAGUUGAGGAGGAAUCCAAGCUACCGAAGACGAUCAGGAAGCCCUUGGAAAGCGAGGGGGAUGAGGAACUCAUUGAGAUCUACAGGUCCCAAAUUUUCAGUCACGAUGCCAGCGAGAUGGAGGUCGCACAGGAGGCGAAGGAGGACGAGGAACUCUCACUGGCAGGAUGGACCCCAUGUCCAAACAACAAUUACCCAUCUGAACCUGCGAGUCUGACGAAUCGAGCGAGUCCGAUGGUAAUAGAUGGUCUUUCUGCGGAUCUGGCCAAUGUUCUAGCUAUGGACAAUCUCACCAAUGAGCAGAUCAUGGCCGAAGUGCGACUCCAUUGUGGCGUUCGUUUAUUGAUCAGAAAACCCGAUCUCGACAAGGUCGCCGAUGUAGCAGUGGCCACCAGUAGAUGUGACGUUGCCUGCUGGACCUCGAAGGUUGUAAACGAACAGUUGUAAACGAAUUCUAACUUCCGGUCGCCCUUCGUUAGGAGGCCCUUCUCAAAGCACAGCUAAAUUACCAGUAUCUCUUUUUUUAUGUUCAGAAUCUUGUCCUUGUUACAUAAGCAGCUAAAUUAGGUUUUGUAAAUUCUAUAAUAUA